AUGUUUUUAAAAUAUAAGGAUUAAGAUACUUCUUUAGUUGGAGUUAAUCUUGUAAAAUGUAAUUUAAGCGAAUCAAUAUUUGAAAAUAUCGAUAUAAGUGGGGUGAAUUUAAAUAGAGCAUUAUUAAUUAAUUGUAAAUGGAGUAAUAUAAAAAUAAAUGAGUUACAUCAAUUAAACGGUCAUAAUGAAGAGGUUUAUUCAGUGUGCUUCUCUCCUGAUGGUAACACUUUAGCAUCUGGAAGUGGUGAUAAGACUAUCUGUUUAUGGGAUGCUAAAACAGGUUUACAAAAAAUUAAAUUAGAAGGGCAUAAUAUUGGAGUCACUUCAGUAUGCUUUUUUCCUGAUAGUAGUAAAUUAGCUUCUUGUAGUCCAGAUGCUACUAUACGUAUAUGGGAUGUUAAAAAGGAGAACAAAAUCCAAAUUAGAAGGGCAUUAAAGUGCUAUUUAUUCAGUAUGCUUCUCUCCUGAUGGUACUUUGUUAGCAUCUGGUAGCAGAGAUAACUCUAUAUGGUUAUGGGAUAUUUAGACAGGGUUACAAAAAAUCAGAUUAGAAGGUCAUAGUGAUUAGGUAUAAUCAGUAAGCUUCUCUCUUGAUGGAACUAUUUUAGUCUCUGGAAGUGCAGAUUGCUCCAUUCGUUUAUGGGAUGUUAAAACAGGAGAUCAAAAAUCAAAAUUAGAUGGACAUAGUAAUUAUGUGUGUGCAAUAUGCUUUUCUCCUGAUUGUGCGACACUAGCAUCCUGCAGCGACGAUAACACGAUUUGUUUCUGGGAUGUUCAGACAGGAUAAUAAUAGUCAAAAUUAGAGGGUCAUAGUAAUUGGGUUUCAUCAAUAGUCUUCUCUCAUAAUGGAACUACCCUAGUAUCUGGAAGUGAAGAUAAAUCUGUUCUAUUAUGGGAUGUUAAAACUGGGCAUCAAAAGCUCAAAUUAGAUGGUCCAAAUGGAUAUGUCUAUUCAGUUUGUAUCUCUCCUGAUAGUACUACAAUAGCAUCUGGUAAUGCAGAUAAAUCUAUCCGUUUAUGGGAUAUUACAACAGAGCAACAAAAGACUACAUAAGAAAGCCAUAGUAGUUUUGUAUAAUAGGUUUGCUUCUCUCCUGAUGGAGACACAAUAGCAUCUGGAAGUGGAGAUAAAUCAAUCCGAGUAUGGGAUGUCAAACAGGAAAGCAAAAGUUUAAACUAGAGGGUCAUUCCAAUUCCGUUUAAUCAGUAUGCUUCUCUCCCGAUGGAACUUUGUUAGCAUCUGGUAGCAGAGAUACCUUCAUUUAUUUAUGUCCGUUUAUGGGAUGUGAAAGCAUUGCAACUAAAUUCUAAAUUGGAAGGUCACGGUGCUUGGGUUUCAUCAGUAUGCUUCUCUCCUGAUGGAUCUAUAUUAGCCUCUGGUAGUUACGAUAAUUCUAUUUUUUUAUGGGAUGUCAAACAGGAUAAAUCUAAUCUAAAUUCGAAGGUCAUAGCGAUUUAGUAUUAUCUGUGUGCUUCUCUCAUGAUGGUUCUAUAUUAGCUUCUGGUAGUGGGGAUAGCUCAAUCCGUUUAUGGGAUGUUAAAACAGGACAACAAAAGUCUAAAUUAGAUGGUUAGAAUGGAUAUGUGAUAUCAGUAUCCUUCUCUCCAUGAGGUACUAUAUUAGCAUCUGGAUAUGAGGACAAAUCUAUCAUUUUAUGGGAUGUUUAGAGAGAGCAAUAAUCAUUACCAUCGCAACUUAACUAUCCUGAUAUUCUUGAAACCCAAGUUUUAGACAAAAUCUAUGAGAAUGCAAGUAUUUAUUUACAUUUUCUUUAGACAAUACCAAUAUACCUAUUCUUAUUAUAUCUGAAAAACCACCUAAAUUUUCAGCAUAGGGAGCUAUAAUCUUUAAAGGAGAUUUUAUAAAUCAUCAAGGCAUAAAUUUACGAAAUCUUUUUAAUUAAAAAGGAAAUUAUAUUUUGGAUAGCUAGAUAGAGUUUUAGUAAAAACAGAAUUGA